AUGAGAAGCAAAACCAGAAGCAUAAUAGCGACGAUCUUCGUACUGCUGACACUGUGGACAUUCCGCAAGUAUUUUUUUUCAGACGUCGGCCGAAGAAAUCUUCGACAAGACAGCGCAAAGCCAGGAUGGAUAAAGCCUCGCUAUUACAAGAAAAACGAUGCUGUCGAGAUUUUGGUCAAUAAGAUCGAAUCGGACCAUUCAAGCGUUCCAUACGGAUACCACGACCUACCCUUCGUGUGUCCACCAUCGGAGGGCAAGAAACCUUUGCAUUUAUCUCUCAAUGAGAUCAUAAGUGGUGACCGCAAGUGGGAGAGUGACUAUAACCUGCGCUUCGGCGUUGAUGUAGAAUGCGAACGACUGUGUGAUCGCAAAACGCAGCCAGACGCUCUGAAAAAGGCAGACGCUCUUAUUCGCAAGGGUUACAAUGCUCAGUGGCUUAUAGACAGUGACAUGCCCGCGGCAACAACUUUUAUUCAAGCCCGUAGUGGGAAAAAAUUCUAUUCUGAGGGCUUUCCCAUAGGCACGCUUGACCCCAACACGGACAAAACUUACCUGCAUAACCAUGUCAUGCUAGUGAUACGAUUCCACAGUGCAGACAUUAAUAAACAUACCAUCGUCGGCUUUGAAGUAUAUCCUAAAUCCACCUCGGACCAUCAUUGCCCAGGCAGCUCCAAAGACUAUUCUCAUUACGAAAUAAAACCCGACGAAACUGAAGUGACCUUCAUACCGUUCACAUAUUCAGUUUACUGGCGUGAAGAGUUCCAUAAUGAUUGGUCUCGUCGCUGGACUUUUUUCAUGGCACUUGAUAAGUCUAAUACAUUCAAAUGGCUUUCUUUGGCCAAUAGCAUUAUUGUUUUAACCGUAAUGACCUCUAUUGUUGCAUUCGCUAUUGCGAAAAUUCGUGGCAACCGAUCCAUCCGUUCGGUAGCCUCCUCAUGGACAUCGCAUCCUGCACAUUUCCUGUCUCUUUUGAACUUGUCUACCGCCAUGGGCGUUCAAUUCCUGCUCUCUUUUUUCGGCGCACUUGUUAUUUCGUGCUCUUUGAGUAAAUUGCACGACAUUAUCAAUGGGGUGGUGUUCUCUGCUUUAAUUUUUUUCAUAAUGGGCGCGUACGCUUCCUCCUUUUUAGGCACAUUAUUGGCUCCAGAAGCUCGAGCAACGCUCAGUGUCUCGGUGUUAUGUGGUUGUGCUUUGCCCGGUAUGACUUUAAUUGUAUUGAUCAUUCUUAACAGUAUCGUUUGGGCGAAGGAAGGCACAGACCACAUCCCGUUCGAGAGUAUUGUGGUAAUAGCGACAUGCUACUUUGUGAUCUGUGGCCCUAUUUCAAUCUGUGGUGGCCUCACUGCGAGAAAGAUGAGGACAGGUGCACGCAAGGUCUCUGACAUUUCUUCUUCUCUAAAUUUUCUUCUAGCGAUGAACUAUGAGAGUAAAGAAACGGAUAAGAGUUUAAUACUUAAGCCCGUUCCCAAAAUAUUAUCAAAUCCUGUACUAUUUCAGUUGAUAUGUGGGGCACCACCAUUCCUUAUAAUCUGGUUUGAAGUUUCCACUGUCUACAAUUCUGUGUGGUCAAAAACAACCGAUUUUGUCUCCCUGUAUGGCGUCCUUCUCGCGAAUAUUGCUACAUUUUGCAUAACGAUCAUCGAAGUGUCGCUGGUGGCCUGUUAUCUCCUAAUUUUCUAUGGUCAAACUGGUGAUUCUAGCAGCUCCAGACGCAUACAAAAUGGCGGUGUCAAAAACAACAAGCAGACAUUUAUCAGCAUACUGAAACAACGUCCAUCUGCAGCAGGCCUAAUGAAACUCGUUAAAAUGGCAAUCCACUUCACUGCUACUCAACUAGAAUUAUUGUGUUCGAGCUGGAGGUGGAAAUGUUUUCUUGCCGGUAGUAGUGUGGCUUGGUACCUUGAACUCUUCUCGCUGUACUAUCUGGUUUUCGUGCUGCGCCUGAGAGACUUCUCAUCCGUAUUGUUGUUCAUGUGUUACACCGGUCUAUUCAAUUUCAUGUGUUGGUGUGCUUUUGGCGCGUUGGGAUACCUGUCAUGUUUGUGGCUUCUGAAUUACAUUUCUGGUCUACGCAAAGCUCGCUGA